AGGGACAUUAAAACAGCAGAUUAGCUGCAGAAGUCGGUUAAAGUUGGAUUGUUCUUUUUAAGUUCAGUCUCCGUCUUCUUUCUUCUACAACUUUGACAUAAUUUUUUGUCUCCACACAACCAAAAACCAACAAAAUGCCGUCUGGUGCAAAGCUCGAUCGCAAGAACGCCUACAUGGCGAAGCUUGUCAGCUUGGUGGAAUCCUCUCCUCUCGCUCUCAUCGUCGAUGUUGAUCACGUCGGAUCCAAGCAGAUGCAAAACAUCCGUACUUAUUUCCAACUGGAAGAUUCCUUGAAUUGGAUGUGGACUUCUUAUGCCUAUGGUUUUUUUAGGAAGACAAUCACGACCCGAGCAUCAUAGUACCCCGCUUUGGCUUUUUAUAGCCGGCGGGAUCUCCAAUCGCUCGAAAAAUGAACGAACUCUCGGGUCUCGAAUUCGCCACUUUCUUACGUUAUAGAGUGGUGAAUAUCCAAACUGAAGGACAAGAAUAAAACAUGUGCUGUAAUGCAAGAUGAAAAAUGUGUAGCGCAAUCAUCUAGAUUACACACACAAUCAGUUUUAGGCUUCAAUUUAUUGACAAAAACUACAACAGGUAUUGAGCUCCGUGGAAAGUGCACUCUUCUCAUGGGUAAGAACACGAUGAUCCGUACUGCUUUGCGCAAGCGCAUUGCCGCCAUCGAGGAAGAGGCCGCCGGCUCUUCUGAUGAGAAGGAAUUGGACGAAGCCUCUGCCAAGUCCGUCGCUUCUCUCCAGAACUUGGUCGAUGCCGUCAACGGAAACAUGGGUUUUAUCUUCUGCCACGAAGCCUCCAACCUCCAGUUCGCUCGUGAAACUCUGGAGAAGUAACUUUACAUUUACAUUUACUGAGAUUUAGAUUUAGAUCGGAGUUAGAUGACUGGUUUUAGUUCUGAGUCGUGUUUGAGUAUAACGUUUUGUGGGAACAUGUUUCGACAUCCUGGUCAGAAUUGAUAGCAGAAUUUCUGAGACAGCAACUUCAUUUCCAGUUCGUCCUUCAGCGACCCUCUGACUACUCUCCUAAAACCUAUCUCUCAAAAAUUCACAGGUUCGUCGUCCCGGCCGCCGCCAAGUCUGGCGCUGUUUCCCCGAAGGACGUCACCAUCCCGGCUGGUCCGUCCGGUCUCGAACCGUCCCAGACUUCCUUUUUCCAGGCUUUGAACAUCCCGACCAAGAUCGUGAAGGGCACCAUUGAGAUCACUGCGGAUUUCAAGAUCUGCGUCAAGGGUGAACGUGUCGUCUUGUCCGCCCAGGCCCUUUUGGCCAAGCUCAACAUCAAGCCGUUCGAGUACGGUAUGCUCGUGCGCCAGGUGUACCAGGAUGGUGCCGUGUUCGACGCCGCGGUGCUGGACAUCACGGAUGACGUCUUGAUGGCCAAGUUCUUGGCGGGUGUGUCCAACGUCGCUGCGUUCGGUCGCGAGAUCGGUAUCCCGACUGAGGCUGGUCUCCCGCACAUGAUGUGCUCCGCGUUCAAGAACAUCGUCUCCAUCGUUGCCGACAUUGACUUUAACUUCAAGGAAGUCGAAGAGAUCAAGGCCAUCUUGUCUGAUCCGGAAGCUUUGGCUAAGAUGAAGGCUGCCGCCGCGUCCGGCGCAGCUGCCGGUGGUGCCGCCGCGGGCGGAUCCGCCGCCGCCGCCGUCGAGGAGGCGCCGCCAGAGGAGGAAGAAGAUGACAUGGAAUUCGACUUGUUCGAUUAAACAUCUUCUUCGAGAAGCCUUCUUCGGUCAUGUUCAGCGCGAAGCGAGCUUUCUGAACAGCAACAACUACUAGUCUAGUACAAGUAGUAGAUGGUGACAUGUAGCAUUUCGAGAAGGUCAACUUUGACGUCAGAGGAGGCAAAGGAAGGUGGUGAAGGGCGCUGACCCGAUUAUUAUUGUUGGGAGAACACAUGAUCAUCAUCGACUUCCUACAAUAAUGGUAUUGUUGAUUCGAGUCAAAUCUUUAGUUGUAAAAGCAGAGAAGAGCCUAGCAGCUAAGAAACAGAGAAGCUCACUUGAUUGAGCAAAGGAGCAAGUGGUCUUCGUUCCUCACAUGCGGUUGCGGAACUGUUCGUGUCUUUUUUUCGAAGUCCUGAAUUCGUC